AUGAAUCAGUUGCGUAAUGUCGACGGAGGUAGACCUUAUGCUUAUUUAGUUGAAGCUGGUUUCCAUAGGUGGUCUAGAGCACUGUCUUCUGUUGAACAAUUGCGUGCCAAAUUGCAGGAAUGGUUCAGUGCUCGUCGUAAUAACGCAGCAUCUGUCACGUCUUACCUAUGUUGCGAGUGUGACAAGGAAGUUAGAAAGAGAAGCAAUAGGUCACAACGACUAAAUGUUCAACCGAUAAGCCAUAGUGAGUACUAUGUACGAGAUGGUGAUCAAGAUGGACAGGUUGAUCUGCAAAACAAGACCUGUUCAUGCCGUGUGUUUGAUCUUGACCAACUUCCUUGUGUACACGCAUUGGCUGCAUGUCGAGUUCGGAACAUAUCUUUUAAUUCCUUGUGUUCUCCGUACUAUACGAAUGAGGCCCUAAUGUUAGCUUAUGCUGAAGCUAUAUACCCAGUAACUAUUGAGGAUCAACGCAAAGUUAGCGAGGACAACGUAUUGCUCCCACCGGCGACUAGACGUCAAGGGGGGAGGCCAAGACAACGAAGGAUCCCAUCAUCUGGUGAAACUAUAGCAGUGAGGAUAUGUUCCCGGUGUCGACAGCGAGGUCAUAAUCGUCAAACAUGCAAAGAGCCAAUCGCAUUGACUCCAACAUCAUAG